CUGAUGGGCCGCAAACUCAAAUUGCCCCCCACCGCGGCCAGCGCUCGACAGGGUUCGCGGACCCAUCCACCACAUACCUUAAUGGCCUUAGAGUUCUCGUAGUCCUGGGAUUGCCUUGUUGUCAUCCUUUGACAUUUCUUCUCACUUGACUCCUCCGCUAGUGGAGACACUGUUCUUUGUCGGCGACGUCAGUCGCAAUGGUUCCAAGACGCAGUCUUAUGUUGCUGUUGGGUGGCAUCAGUAUCGGCGUGUACGGCGUUGACACAUACUCAUCUUCGGAUUUCAUCCGGAGGACGGGCCAUGCCGUCGCCGUAAUUGGGAAGAAUUUGUAUGUCGAUGGCGGGGAAGUUGCGCAGUAUCGUAAUGGCAAAACAGAAUCACAACCAACAAGACAGAUGAACGAUACCCUGUCAAUACCUUUGGACGUGACAUGGACAAACAAGACCGUGCCCAUUACUUCGAUCGAGAAAGCAGCCCCAGUAUUCGACACCUCGGCAUUAUGGACGGAUCAGACGAGUGAGUCCAUGUAUAUGUGGGGAGGGCAAGGACCAUGGGGAAACUUAUCAAAGACGAAAGACCUGUGGAAGUUCUCUGCAAAUGAGAAUUCGUGGCGGAAACAACCUGCGGCCAACGUCGAUAUCUUCAUGUCCAUUAAGCGCACAUCCAAUGCUGCUGUUACCCAAUGUAAUGGAAUGGGAUUCUUCAUUGGAGGUAUGGGUAGCGUAUGGACAGACAGUUCAUUUGCUGCCGGCGAUCUCGCGGUUCCAUCUCCUGGCAUGCUCACUUACAACAUCACGAGUGGCGUCUGGGCGAAUGAGUCCCUAGCAGGAUUGAAUAGCUACGAAACGUAUAUCUCAGGAAGCGCCGCAUGCCUGCCAUCUUUUGGUACUUCAGGAAACGGUAUGGUGCUGGCACUGGGCGGUGAAAUUUCCCGGCGAAGUGGCUAUAACUCCAGUGAGCCUAAUUUGAUCGGUCUUGGUAAUCUGUCAUUUUGGGACAUUGAAACGAAGACUUGGUUCUUCCAGCAGACUACAGGUGAUAUUCCGAGCCCACGUAGCAAGUUCUGCGUUGUGGACGUUGCCGGUCAAAAUGGUACCCACGAAAUCUUCCUAUUCGGCGGCUACGACGGAUCAAACCAGGCCAGCUUCCAGGACAUCUACGUCUUGUCAGUUCCCGGAUUUGUAUGGAUCAAGAGCAGUGUGUCGACCGACGGGCCGCGGACUUCCCAACAAUGUAUCGUCGCGGGUAAGCGGCAGAUGAUCAUCGUUGGUGGUAUGAAUCCCGAUCUGGAUUACUACCCAGCCUUGCGGGAUCCAGACCCUUGGCCGAAUGGUAUCAAUGUGCUGGACAUUUCGAGCUUGAGCUGGAAUUCCGAGUUCGACCCUGAUGCUGCAGCUUAUGAGUCGCCCGAUGCAGUCACCAAAUGGUAUAAUGCUGGGAAUCUGGGAAGUGUUGACUGGACUUCGGGUACGGUUAAAUCACUUUUUAUAGAAACAUCGAGUAACUCCAACAGCUCAUCGGGUGUCGGCAGCGCAGUGAGUUCUUCCACGGGUGGUUCAUCAGCCCCCAUCGGUGCGAUAGUGGGAGGAGUCAUUGGCGGUGUGGCUUUUCUCAUACUCGCGGGGCUCGCGUUCUGGUUCUUUCGUCGCCGCACGUCAAAACAGGACGCACAGCCAGCCGUGCAGGAAAUUGGAGAAGGCUACCACAACUACCCGACACCACCUCCGGUUUACGACAGUCACCAGCAAGAGAAAUCACCUCAGGAGCUGUUCCAAGAGCCGGCAAUGCUGGCAGCGGUUGAAAACCCCAGUGAACUAGACAUUACACAUGGUUCGGGUCAGCGGCCGCACCAAGGAUGGGCACUGCAAGGUGUGCAUAGCAAUUUGCACGAGAUGGCUUAGACAUCCAGUACUACAAUAACUGGUAUUGAGGACCCAUUCAUCCUGCUAUUGAUACGAGGAAAGAAAUAUUUCUCUGCACCCAUAGCGCAAUGCCUCCUUCAUCCAGAUUCAUUUCAGAGUUGACCUCUAAUGAUGGUCUUAUAUGAACAUGAGAGAGCGUGGGUGCGUAUCAACAGCACUUUGUUGAUGGCAGUCAAUAUUUUUGAUAAGAGCCUCAAACUUCUUCAUGAGAGUUUGUCUUUACAACCUCUCUUACUUCUGGAGUAUUAGAAACUAUAGAGGGUCUUUUUGAUAUUGCCCAUCUUGUACCCAAUUAACUGUUCUUAUCACUGUAUUAUUUAUUGAAUAUUUAUAUCCUUAG